AGAGGCGAAUGGAUUCAUUCAUAGGACAAGAUCUGCUGCUGUGCACCGUAAUACUAGCUAACGUCCUCCAGCGUACAUUGAGCGGACUUUAUGGAUCUAUAAUCGCAUAUUUGACGAGCGGAUAAAGGAAAGCGCUCCGAGGAUUUAAAGCUAAACGAGAGGACUUCUCAGCAGAUUGAAUUGGGACGCUUUCCCCGUAAACGCGGGGAACUGGAUUAAGCUUCUUCAUGCAACUUUUUUGGAAAGAAACUAAGAGCACCUCACCGGGAAAUAAAAAGAUAAGCAACGGUGACAUCGCGCUCUCUCUGGUAACUGCAGGUGUCGCGUUCUCUGUCGGUCGCUCCGGGGAGAUGUACCAAGGGUUCCCCGGCGACCCAGACAGCGGAUCCCCUGGAAGCUCCUCUCCAUCUAUAGAGUCCCAGUACCUUUCUUCCGUGGACUCCUUCGGAAGCCCGCCGACCACCAGUGCUCCGCAGGAGUGUGUGUCAGCAGGAGCUGGCUUGAGCAUUGUGGGAAGCGGGCCAGGGCCCAGUGUAGGAGGGGAGAUGCCUGGUUCAUUCGUGCCCACCGUCACCGCCAUCACCUCCAGUCAGGAUCUGCAGUGGAUGGUACAGCCGACCCUCGUCUCCUCCCAGGCCUCUGGACUAAGUGGGUCCACUGGGCCCACAACCAUGACCCAGCCAGUGUCACUGACUGACCCAUAUGACAUGCCAGGCCCCAGUUAUUCCUCUGGGUCUACAUUUACCCCUCCAAGUUCGGACACUCCGGGCCCAGCUCUGGGCCCCAUUCGCCAGUCCAGAACCCGCAGUCGCCGUACACGAGAGGAGUCUGUGAGUGAGGAUGGAGAUGUUGGUGUGUUACUAACACCUGAGGAGGAGGAGAAGAGGCGUGUUCGGCGAGAGAGAAACAAGUUGGCUGCCGCCAAAUGUAGAAAUCGCAGACGAGAACUCACAGACAGACUGCAGUCGGAAACGGACGUACUGGAGGAGAAGAAGGCAGAGCUGGAGGCUGAGAUCUCUGAGCUGCAGAAGGAGAAGGAGCGUCUGGAGUUCGUCCUGGUGGCCCACCAGCCGAACUGUAAGAUGCCAUACCAGGACCAGCCUCAGCACAGCUCAGUGCAGCUCCCUCCAAUCCAGCCCCAGCUCCCUCCCCAGACCUUAGAACCUCCUGUCUCCAUUUUGGGCUUGGCUGUGAAGGAAGACACUUUCUACCUGCCUCCAGCCUACACAGCCCAUCCGGCCUCUACACAGUCCCAGCCUUCAGUUCAGCAGCAAGUCCAGCAGCAGCCUCAGCCAGGGCCAAUGCAGGAGGUAGAGUUUAUUAGUUCUUUCUAUGGCUCAAGUGAGCCGGCAUCAGGCGGGCCGUGCCUCAUGGCCUGCGACAGUGGUGGUGGUGGUAACCAUGCCGAUGCGGCCAUUGGCAGCUACAACACCUCAUACACAUCUUCAUUUGUGUUCACCUACCCAGAGGGAGCCUGCGGGGUCAGUGCCAACCAGCGGAACAGCAGUAGCGAGCAGUCUUCUGAUUCCCUGAACUCGCCUUCGCUGCUGGCGCUCUGACUAACCGACAGACAGCCGCACACACAUAUCAACAAGCACAUACAUAAUGCUUGCUGGAGGUAGAGGCUGAGGCAUGUAGAGUACCUAUUAGUCUCACAAAUUGAGGAAAACAACCAAUCAUUUGUUCCUGAUUGGGUUAAAGUUUACACAUUAAUGCAUUCCAAUCAAGAGCCAUACACAUAGUUGCACACAAAUUACAUUAGAUCUAACCUUUAACAACAAUAUUUAUCAUUUGUUGUUUUGUCUUUAGAGCAUACCUGCAACUGGAUAAGAUAAGUGACUAAAAACUGAGUCACAAAAUCACGUCCAAGUUGCAAAUUUUAAGUGCUCUGAAUUGACAGAUUUAUUCACAAUAAAUAUUCUCAAUCUUCAACCUGUACAGUACAUUGAGUAAGAUACCACAAGCUCACUUUACACUCCAAUAAGCACCAGAGCCCCCACCUUGUUCCCUCUGUCGGUUGAAUUUUACAGUGCUCUUGCUCUCAUCCUUUUCCAUCCUUUUCUUCCUUCUUCCUCUCGCUGAAUGUAUUUGUGCAUAUCUGAAAUAGGGACGAAGGACACUUUGUUCAGAGUCUUUUCUUGAGGGAAACAGACUGAUUUCUCGCUCACCUCUAACCCUUUAUCUGCUCGACUUCCCUCUGCUUCUUCAUUUGCUGCUUGGACUUUGCAAGUUGGGGAUCUGAAUAUCCCAGCCUUCACUAAAUCUUGUGCUUUCUUCUCUGUUUAAAAAAAAAAAAAAAAAUCUUUUGCCGUCUGCCUACCUGCCAUGAGACCCAUCUCUGCCCAUCUGUUUCUCUCCUGUCUCUAUGUUUUUCACUCUCUCUAAAGUCUUCAACCCCAGAGAGCCCGAAGACCCCCUCCAGCCCUUGGGACCUUGAGUGAAUGACGGCCCAACUAGCACGCCCUUUUGCACCCUCUCAUACAAGGACAUGGAUGCAACCCCCAUCCCCCCGCCCCCUUGGAACGCAUUGCUCAAAGCAGAUCCUUACAGUGAACAGCAGCUAAAUAUACUUUCACACAUGCACAUAGAUGCAUAAUUGGUGAACGCAAAAUGCAAGACGGAUGCCAGUCUUUUGCUGAGCCAUUUUUCGAUCUUCACACAAUGAAGAUUAGCCACGUCUUAGGUUGUGAGGCUGCUUAAAAGUGUGGAUGGAGACAGGAAGGGAGGAAGGAAGCGCAACCAAGCUGGACAGACUCAAAUAGAGAGGUGAUGGACAUGGAGGAUGACUCCUGUCCUAACCAUCCAUUUUUGGAACCAAAUGUUGAAAACGCAGAAUGAGCCAAAUGUUAAAAGCAAAGCAAAGAAAGAAAGAAAAAAACUGCUCUUACCAACUGUGUGGAAGGGGGGCCUCAGUAAAAACACCCCCAUACCAGAGAGCCUGUGGGCCUACAUGCAAAUGUUCACACCAUCGCUUUCAAGUCCCUGAACUGAAGAUAAAGACGUUUUGUUGCAGUGCAAUCUGUGUAAUCAAUCAGAUGUGAACCGAUGCCUCUAUUUAGAGGUGUUUUUUUUGCAGUGAAUCAGACAACCUCUAAACAUUUGGGCUCAGUGGUCUCUGUACCUCCCCUGUUCUCUCAGCGGAGACGAGGUGGGGGUGCGUUUAUUGUGAGUGCAUCUACUCUGAGGCACCUGGCCCGUUUAUUUCUUUCUUUAUUGAGGUUGAAGUGGGGAGUGAGCACAAAUACAGACCUGGAAACAAAAGGGGAGAACAUGUGUGCUGAUGUCGUAGAGUCAGCGUCCUUUUUUUGCCUGUGAAUUUUAACAAUUUAUUUGUUCCUGUAUGUUUGAGUGAGAAUUGUUAUAUAUUUGAAUGUUUGUUUGUGUGUUUGACUGUUUUGCAUUGACCUCUGCUUUCCCUUGUACUGUUGCCGUUUUUUGUUUUUUUGUUUUUUGUUUUUAAUCUGGUGAUUUUCUCAUAACUGUUACUAUUAUUAUUGCAUCGUAUCUAUUGUUUCAUUAUUUUAUUGUAUUUUCAGUUGGCAACUUUGGCGGCAUGGUGUGCAUCACGACAACAACAAAUCUAAUUAUAAAUCUAUUAUGCAUAUACAUAUAUACUGGUAACAUGUAUAUAUAAGUGUAUGUACCAUGACUGUAAAGUAUGAAUGUCUGCAGAUCUAAAUGGGAUAUUUUUGUCAAUGAAGAACAAGAUAAAAAUGUUACUGAGGUUUAGUUUUAAAAUGAAUAUUUUUCUAGAGGAACAAAAAAGCUAUAAGAAAUUUAAAGUACUGCCAUGUCCCACAACAUGAAGCACGAUGUCACAGCAUCUAUCAAUGGGUAUUUAUGUUUUAUAAACAAUAUAAAGCACUAUCCAAGUUACAUUAAAUGUAUGUUUAUAGUUAUGAUGUUACAAGGUUGUGGUAACGCCUUUGUUUUUUCUCUGUGAGGUCUGUCCCAAAGCUACUGACACCUUAAUGCCACUUGAUCCUUAGCGGACGUAAAAGGUAGAAAAAAAACCCAGUGCGAUUGAAUGUAAUUACACAUAUUAAAAGUGUUCAGACUACACAACAUAUAAUGCCUAAACUCCUUCAUUUAAGGACAAAGUAUUUCUUAUGCAUUCCUGUCCAGUAUAAACAUAUCACUCAAUAACAUUGUUAUUUCCUAACUGAAACCUGUGUUUGAAGGAUAACCGCAGUUUUAGCCUUGAUAUGAACAUUAUCAUGUUAACCCAUUCUCGUACUUAAACAAAUCUGUUGUCUAAUUGAGAUGACCAUUUCUUGUGAUUGUAUUUGCUGGAUAAGAAGCUUUAUUUUCAAUAAAUAAACAUGUUUAUUCAAAAACAAUGGCUAGAUUAAUGGUAUAAAUGUGUGUUCAAAUGUGGCUCUUGGUGGUCAGAAAAUGGGCAGACCUUAUUUUUUAAAUGUUGAAUAACGACUGUGUUUGUACAGUAUGUUGGAGAUGCCUUUCGAUUUCUCUCCAAAUGCAAAUGUGAUGAGAAUAUGUUCUGGUGUCAGAAUAAGCAUAAAACAUAUUCAAUAGUU